CAUCCUUGUUGUUGAUUAAAUUCGCCCGAAAGACAGAGGAGUCGCAUUUUGCAAACUAUUUUGUGGCCGUUUCGCCCUUUUAUUUCGGCCAUGGCAUUGGACGGAGGGGGCAGGGAGUUGGAUAUCAGGUCACGGUUUACCACCAGAGAGGGAACUUACAAGCAAAUGCCAAACUUUGAAUACUGCAGACCAAACAGAGUUCCAUACACUGCGCAGGGACCACCAUCUGCUGUAACUCCUGUAAAAGCUAGUUUCACUGAAAUAGAUGAUAAAGAUGUAAAAUAUACAAGAAUUGUCUUCACUAUUGGACGUGAUCUCUUUUAUUUCAAUUAUGAAGGGGUAACUCAGCCUGUAGAUCUUACAAAACCACUAGACAAACGAACAUAUAAAGGUGUUGCACCAACAUGCCACGACAUCAACAGACAUACUGCCACCAUGGACAGUGUUCGGGUUGCUGUGGGAUUUGCAGCUGGACAAAUUCAAAUUAUUGAUGUUGGAACAAAGGAAAGCUUAAUGAUUUUAAAUGAGGAAAGAAUGGUGGACAAGAUAUCAACAACAUGUGUAAAAUGGGUCCCAGGCAGUGAUACAUUGCUGAUAUCAUCCCAUGCUAACGGUCACAUGUAUACUUAUGAUUCAUCACAUGAAAAUAUGAAUGUUGUACCUCAGUAUCAUGAAAAGCCGCACAAAACAAGUGGGGAUAUUACAAUACAUACAUUGAAAAACAAAACUUACACCUCACCGACUGGAGCUCCAUUAGGUGUGUUGAAGAAUCCUCUGUAUAAAUGGAUAGUUACCAAUGACAAUUCUGCAAUACACGAAUUUCAAUUUUCUGCUGAUGGAAAGAAUAUCGCCAUUGUUUCUCAGGAUGGAUAUCUUCGUGUCGUGGAUUACAACACUUUCGAAAUGAAAGGAUCAAUGAAAAGUUAUUUUGGGGGAUUACUCUGCUGUUGCUGGAGUCCUGAUGGACGUUAUAUAGUGACAGGAGGAGAGGAUGAUCUUGUAACUGUUUGGGCCUUUUAUGGUGGCUUCGUAUUAGCCCGUGGUCACGGUCAUCGAUCUUGGGUCAGCAAUGUCUCCUUCGAUAAAUACUGUUGUUGUAUACCUGACGAGGAAGAUGUGAUUAACUGGUACAGUAGUGAAUCUCCUUCCUUAUCCCAUAAUGAUGUUAAGUGCAAUUCCCAUUCAAGAUCAUCCGAUAGUCAAACAGAACUACAAAACAAUAAGUUUAUUCAAAGGGGAAGACAUGCUGCUGAAGCUACCAAAUUAAAGCUGAAUGAUCAUACCCAAACAACUAAAAAAGGGCAAAAUUUAAACGAUAAAAGAGAUCUUCGCUCUCCUGUUAAUGAUUUACAUGAUCUUGUCAGACGACAGAGAACUAACAGUACCGUUUCUAGAUUAUCAAGGAUGAGUUUAGCUGGGUCGGUCGAUAUUCCUCCUAGAAUUUCAUAUAGGUUUGGUUCCGUUGGACAGGAUGCACAAUUGUGCUUAUGGGAAUUAACAGAUGAAACUUUAUUUCCGAGACGCAGGACUGUGACAAUGUUAAACAGUCAUGGUAGCGUUCACAGCCGCGGACGUGGCGAUAUUUUUUGUUCCCAUUUUUUAAAACCCACUCAUCAUCAAACCCCUUCCCCUAUUAAUGGACACGAUUCAAAAGAGAAUAUUUACGAUGAUUCACAUUCUGGAAUAUCACCGGAGUAUAUAACCCAUGCGAGUGAACUGAAAAGUAAACAUUCCAAGUCAAAUAGUACAUCAAACGUAACGUCGCCUAUAAAAGAACAUACUUCAACAUUUUCUAAAGGACUUCAUUUUUUUACUUCAUCAAAAGAUUCUUCCAAAGCUGAUCAUAAUCCUGUUGCUGGUUCAAGCAGUGCAGGUAAAUUUGCAACACUUGGUAGCAGUAAUGAGCACAAUCAACGCAAAGAAAAUAUUAAAGAACAUAAAAGAAACCUUAGCAUGCCACACUUUGGAUCAAAAAAUACAAACCACUCUCAAAGCUCUUCAAAUGGGAUCACUAAACAUCUUCUUCAGACCAAAAAGCAAAAGCAGAUAAAAACUCUGGGAACAAAUUUAUGUCCACGACUCGAAGAAACAACAAUGUUGGAACCACUUGUUUGUAAAAGAAUAACACAGGGUCGGCUUAAUUCUAUUAGUUUUCAAGAAGACAGUAUUGUAACUGCAUGUCAAGAUGGUUUUAUUCAGACAUGGGCAAGGCCACACCAGCAUUUGCUGCAACCAGUUUCACCACCUAAAUCAUCCAAUACAAGUAGUUCAACUAAUAUACCUACUUCACCUUCAUCACCACCUAAAAUUUCACCUUCUUCAAAAUCUCCCGGAACUGUGGUAUAAGGAGACAGUAGACAGGAUAUCUCUCUACAGCCGAGCUGUAUAAUAAAUUUAAUGAUAACUUAAUUACCUUGUAAAACUCCAUUUCUAGUGAGAAUGUGAUAAUGGUGUUUUAGCCAAGUACGAUACCGUAGAUUAUAUUUUAAUCAUACAGUCUUGACCAGUAUAUAUAUUUUUCAUGAUUCAUCGUUUUGUUACCUAAUGAAUGGCAUUACAAUCUAGGUUUAUAUAGAUAUAAAUAUGCUAAUUAGAUGUUAGAAAUAUUAAAAUGUAAAUGAGAAUACAGAAAAUAAGGAGAAAAAUCACUAUUUAACACAAUUUCAGGUAAAUGGCACCUGAAAUGAUUCCUAAUUUCGGUAUCUGCUGCGAUGAUAUCUCAAUUUUCAGAUGCGUACCUAAUGUAACUUCUGGUUUGUAAUGUUCAAAAUUUCAUAAAUAAAUACGAGGAAUGGCAAAGGCUGGCUUAAACACAUUCUAUGAAAGGCUUUGAAUUCCAGAUCUAUUCCUCUAAAUUUUUCCACUUUGAUCAAAAUAAUUACGUCACUUCUGUUUUACUAAAUAACACAUAUAUACUGUGUUUUUCCAGAAAAUAAGACAGGGUCUCAUUUCAAAUUUGAAAAUCGAAUAGAAAUAUAAAACAAGUUUAUAUUAAAAAAACUGCUAAACCUUGAUAACUCAAAAAUGGCCACAUCAUCUUGCAAGUCACUAAAUUGAUUAUUUCAAUGAAAAUUUCAUUUGACUGAAUUUUCUGGCGAAAUUGCGCUAUCGACUUGGUCUCAUUAUAGAGGGAACAGUAAAAAAAUAUAUUCUUUUGGUACAUUUUCUAUCUUGUCCAUUAUUGAAUAAAACCUCUAUUUUGACUAGCUUGUCCAAUGCCAAUUUUCUUGCUUAAAAUCACAAUUUGUAGGUUUCAAGAAAAAACAGGAAUAUUGAAAUUGAAAACAAAAAUUGUUAGAAAAUAUUACAAAGAAAUGGUGCUUUUUGAAGUCUGUAUAUAAUCAAAGUUUGAAGCAAUAUUUGUCAAGUAUUUCAAUAAAAAUCACAGGAGUAUAAAAAUCAAACUAUCGAUUAUCCUCAUUUCCUCAAAACAGCUUUUUCAAGGUAGUCUUUUUGGGGUAAAGCCCUCAAAUUUUCUGAUGAAUAUUAUAUUUUAAACUAUUCAAGAAUUCAAUAUAUUGGCUCUUGCUGAUGCAGGCCAAUCUAUCGCUUCUUAAACAUCAGUCGUAAUAUUGAUAGCAAUUGAAUUCUCUUAUAAAAUACUUGUUUUUGUUUUCAUGAUCUCAUUCAUGGUAGUAGUGUUUUACAUUUAUUUACCAUUUAUUUUGUUGUGUCUUUAUGAAAUGUUAUCGCUGCCAAUUGAUGGAAUAAUUUAUCUUUUUUGGUCUUGUCGAGUGAUAUUAAUAACUUUAUUUAUAGUAAUUAUUAUUAUAAAAGGAAUUUUUUUUUUGGCAUUGCAUACAUCAACAUCACUGUCAAGUUGGUGCAUUUCGUUUUUGUUUAUGCAUUUUCAACCUAAAUAUGGUCGAUUUUGAAAUUUAUUUUCCCAUGAUGAAGUUCCAUUAUUCCAGUUCAUUGGUCAUUACAUUAAUUGACUUCUCACUACUUAUGAACAUACAGGCUGUUUUACCGGCCAUCUUAUCAAAGAACAUCAUCUUGGUCCCGCUUAGAAAUAAUGAUUUAAUUGAAAACUAAGCUUUGGAAAAUCUCCGGCAAUCAGAGGGUGCAAUAUGACUGUGUACGGACUUUUGCCUGUGGCCUUCCCGACCACAAGAUAGUUCAAGUUAUAUAUUUGUUUUUAAUUGGCUUUAGGAGUUAUGCACAUGGAUAAAUGCACAUAUCGGUAGAUUGUUUAUGGAUGUUUAUUUACCACAGUAGCGGAAUAUAUCUGCAUCAUGUGGCACCAGCCUAACUCUAACCCGCUAAGCCGUACGAAUGAGGCGAAUGCAAAACAAAGUCACAACUCAAACAACUUGUGGUUACUAAGACUAAUUUGUAUUCUGCUGGAUCGGCAUGUAGCAGAAUAUAUUUUGUUCUACCACCGACAUAAUAAAAAUGUGUAAUAAAGUGGGAAGAGUUUGUUCCCAAAACUUCGUGACAUUUUACGAAAUACCCUGCUAAUUCAGAUUGUUCCAAAACCAUCUCUAGUCCUGCAUGAUUAGUAGAGCCCUACUUUUUCCAAUAUUAUAUAUAUAUUGAUAAAGAGCACCAUUUUUCAUUAAAUUUAGACAAAGCCAA